AUGUACUGGUUGAAUUAUUUGGACCGCAAUGCCAUUGCCCUGGCUCGCCUGAACGAUCUGGAGGAGGACCUCAACUUGACCUCCACACAAUAUCAGACAUGCGUAUCGAUACUCUUUGUUGGCUACAUUCUUGGCCAGGUUCCUUCCAACAUGUUGUUGACUCGAGUCAAGCCAUCCUAUUACAUGUCUGGCUGUAUGGCUCUAUGGGCCGUGGUAUCGACUCUGACCGCGAUCUCCAAGAACUUCACCGGACUCUUGCUCACUCGAUUCUUUCUCGGAAUCACAGAAGCGCCUUACUAUCCUGGAGCUCUCUUCCUGCUAUCUUGCUUCUAUACUCGGAAAGAGAUCGCAACCCGAAUCUCAGUUCUCUACACAGGCAACAUUCUGGCGACCGCCUUUGCGGGUCUGAUUGCGCUAGGGAUCUUUGAGAUGGACGGCUUCGCAGGCCUCGCUGGCUGGAGAUGGCUUUUCAUUAUCCAAGGAAUCGCGACUUUCAUCGUUGCUCUAGGUGCCGCCUUCACUCUUCCAGAUCACCCACUCCAAACCAGAUGGCUGUCUGAGGAAGAGCGUCGACUAGCUCAUGCACGAAUUGAGAAAGAUACAGUGGGUAACAAGGCCGCAACCUCUACCGUACAGGGUCUCCUCGAAGCUGCAAAGGAUCCCAAACUCUGGCUCUUCGCCUUUAUGCAACAUAUGCAUCUUGCUGCCAAUGGUUUCAAAAACUUCUUCCCCACUGCCGUUCAGUCCUUGGGAUUCAACCGCACCAUCACCCUCGUUCUCACUUGCCCACCUUAUCUCAUCGCAGGGUUUAUCUCCGUGUACUGGUCUUAUUCCUCUGGACGGUUUAACGAACGUACAUGGCACAUCACAACCGCCAAGGCAGUUGCAUGUCUUGGUUUCGUCGUGGGCUGCGCCACUCUCAAUACCGGAGCAAGAUACUUUGCGAUGAUCGUCUUCUCUAUUGGCACCUACGCCGUCAACUCGAUCAUUCUUGGCUGGGUCGGAGCCACUUGCGGACAAACCAAGGAGAAGAAAGCAAGUUCCCUUGCCAUUGUAAACACAAUAGCUUGCGUUUCCUUCAUCUGGACUCCUUACCUCUGGCCAAAGACUGAUGCCCCGCGCUACACUAUUGCAAUGUCAAGUUCCGCUGCUUUUUCAGUCGCCACUGCUGCUGGUGCUUGGGUCAUGAAGAUGUGGCUCAUCAGGACUAACAAGAAGAUCCGGCAGAGUUCGGACGAGACAACUUUAUUCUACGCCUACUGA